UGUUUGCAUCAGAUAUGACUAAUUCUCUUCAUUCAAUAAACUACAGCACGUUUUAUUUGUAGCUUUCUCAAUUUUUAAAUUGAUCAGAUGAAUUGAGAUUACACAACAAGCGAAUUUUGAUUUUACGUUUCAGAAUGGCGCCGCCCAUAACCGACUGGAAGCGACCUUCCACGACUCGGAGGAACAUCAAAGUGGAAAACUUUGACAUAUUUGAGAGCUGCUCCAGAUUGCGUCGAGUGCGGAACCUCCUGGGCGACGGAACUCCUCUGCGACUAGACGGAAUCCUGCUGAUCCUAGGAGUCGACAGCAAACACAGCUACGCAAUGCGGGAAUUGGCCAACUACUUGUUCUUCGGUUUUUUCGACCUCCGAGAAUCAGAAUACGAAUCAGAAGGUUACGAUGAUUUUGUGGUUGAAGAUUUGAUAAUUCUCAUUAUGAAAGAGGUUGUCCACGUUUAUACGAACCCGAUCAACUACCGUUAUUUCGAACCAUAUAUGGCAGCCUGGAGGGGCUUACGCGUUUGGUGCCUGUCGGAUCAGUUCUACGAACAAGAGGACCUCUCGGAAGACUUCAAGAUCAGAAGCUUCGUGUCGAUGAUGUCGAGAUGCACUCGAAUCGGGAUCCCGUUCAACCAUUCGGGUUACUCGGAAGUCUUCGACAAAAUGGAGAUUGAGAAGUACCCAAUCAUUCAAGCAUUUGCGAGUGAUGAGAUCAGCAGCAAGGGUUUCUUCACUCUGAAUUAUGAUGUAUUCGAUAUUUCCAGCCACCUGCAUGGAGUAUACUCGGAUGUUGACCCUGUUCUGUUCUCUUCUAGGGUCCUAAAAGAGGUGAAGCAGUUUGAGAACCAGUGGAGCGAGUUCUUCCACCACAUGGAGGAGGCGACCCUGGAUCUGAGUGGGCUGGACGAGCGGAAGGUGAUGGAGCCAUUCUCCUUCUACUUCAACCAUGGCAAACUGGCCUUCACAAACUUCGCCAGGAGCAACAGGGGAGAGAUGCCAUUCGUCCUGUUCGGAUCCCACUCCAAGAAGUCCAACUUGGAGAAGAGCAGAACUGGGGCACGGAUUGAGUCGGUUACGCUAGGGACGGCUGGCAGAACAGGAAAAACAGCCAAACACAUGAUCUUACAUGCAAUUGCUCCCAACUCGCCCUUGAGAUGCAGUCGGACCUACUUCUUCGGAUACGAUCACGAGGUCACGCCCCCCUCGUCCGACCAAUCAGUGAAGAGCAUCUCGUUCUCAAUCGACAUGCAGGCAUUGAACGUGUUGUACUUAAUAACAGUCGACCUUGUCAAGGAAGCGAUCGAAGUUUACGUGAAGACAUUAAGUGUUCAGCAAGCUAAACUAGUCGUGAUGCAGAAGCUUCCGGACAAGUUAAGAAAAGCGGACAUAGGUCUUCCGGGACCUUUUGUGAGUUACUUGACGACUCAAGGGUCAUUAGAGUUCUCACUCAAGGGCUUUGAUAUCAACGGCAUGUCAAUUGAUCUCAAAGAAAAACAGCGUCGAACCUGUCUGAAAAACGCACGCAUUAUCGUGUACGAUGUUCCGAGUAUUGAGUUCAAGGACAAAUACUUAGGGUCAAUUAUCUUCUCAGAAACCUUCAUUGAUUCUCAUUUUGACAUUGUCGAAGAUUACAAAGUUGAUGGUCAGCGAAAAACAGUAACCAAAUCGGACUAUAUGAUUCUAACCGAAAGGGUUCCGGUCUAUUUCAACUGGGCUGUUUACAAACAAGAUCGCCAGAUAUCUGCAGAUUGUCGAGACUUCUCAGCAAAAGUUUCCGAAGACCCGAGUUUGCAGAACCAUUUCGGGAAGUUGUUUGUUCACGACGCCAAAGCACAAAUGACUUCGGUCGAAAGAAGCAAUAUUACAUACAACGUCUCUUUGAAUCUUUUCGAAAAAGGCAUCAUUAUCAACACGGAGUUCACCGGCAGUAUUGUAAUCCCACAAAACGAAAUAGCCAAAAUAAUUUUUUAUGAUUCUCCAAAUGUAAAUAACAAUUCGAUUAUCAGUUUUCUGAUUAAUUCUGAGUUUAGAGUGCAAAAUUUGCCUCCGACUUUAAACGGAACCCAAUCUGCAAAUAUUAUCAUAAUGUUCCAACCGAGGAGUCAAAGCUUCAACGGAUUAUACAAACAUAUGAUUGACAUGUGGGCGAAAAAUAACAGUGAAAAUGAAGCAAGUUCAAAAUGGUUUGAGCAGAUAGAAAGCGUGGAAAAUAAUUCCAAACUAAUCCCGUUCCUAACAGCCGGAAAGUCUUCAGCUAUCGUGCCAACAAAAAACAAUUCCGAUAAUUUGUUCACAAACUUCAGUGCCAGUCAAAAGUAUCUGAUUUCGUUUACAGGAAAUGUUGCAAGCUUCAUGGAAAACCUGAAAAUAAGCUCAAGUCAAGCUGUAGUUGCUAAGAAACAUUUGAAAGUUAUGAUGGGUGAUGACAAAUUGGCUAGCAGAGACGUUUCAGAACUCGAGAGCUCCGAAGGCCAGAAACUUGACCACUGCAAAGUGUGGGUCACUAUAAUAGCUGGUCUGCCCUGGUCGCAUAAAGGGCAGUUGGCCGAAAAUAUUGUGAACAUGACUAAAGGCUCCUACAAAUGGGUAUUCAUAAAAGCCUUCGAUGAAAGCACCGAUUUCAAUGUUGAAAACAUGCAGAAGAAUCUGACUUCAAUUGUGACAGAGUGGAAAAAAGAAAACCACGAGGAUGAGUCAAGUAUUCUGAGACUGAUGGUUGUGCCGCCCAGUUCGGUCGAACUGAUAAGCAUGGUCCAGGCUAUAUCCAGUCAUCCGGACAAGAAUGUAGCAUCCCACUUGGAAAUACAGUCAGUUAUUUACUGCAUCGACCAAGCCAGAGCAUAUAUUAAGUUCAACAUGACCAUGCCUAAAUUGUUGGACCAAUGCUCUCAAGGUCUUGUAAACUGCAUUGUUUACACUGGAACCAACGAAAAAUCAACCAAUCAAAACUCAGCUGCAGCGAAAGAAAGUCAAAAACUACAAAACCUACUUCGAAAUGUGAACACAAAUGUCGUUUUUGUUUUUGCACCCGAAGGGAACUUCGUCAAGACAAAAGAACUAGGAGCUAUUCUGGGAGAAAAUGCUUUCCAGGAACUAGACUUGGUCAGAGCGAGGUAUUUCAUGUACCCAACUUGGUAUGUUGGAAAGUUCAAAACGAGUCCUUCGGAGCCAUUCACGUAUGAGCUAAACAUGACCUUGAAAGCGCCGAUGGAAAAACACAGACUAAAUGAAGCGCUUAAAUCUCUCUCAGCUUUGGACAAUCUCUUCUUUGUCCAUGGAAAGUUCCAAGUAUGCACUGAACCCUAUGGAAAAGGAAUCAUUUCAACUUGGGAUUUGAAGUUUUGGGUUCCUUCAGCUGACCCCCAGUUGGAACAGGUCAACCCGGCUGAAGGUCAGAAGGGUGACACCGGGUCAGGUGAUGCGAAAAAAGGGUGUGGUAAGAUAUACAUCUAUGGACACCAGUUGAAAGAAAAAGUACUCCAGGAUAUUCUAAGGAAAGGAGUUUCCCCGAAGCCAAAGCCAAAACCGUUGCGGGAUGAGAAAAGUUUGACAGAGGGGGAGAAAAAACUGAUUCACAAGAAGCGCCACCUGGAGAAAUUACCCCCAGGUGUAUUCUACAAUGGGACUUAUUUUGUGUCAAUGGACGGGGAAAAGUCUUAUUGGCACCCAAAUAUGGAAGUAUUUGUAGAAGACUUCCUCAAGUCCGCCAACGAACAGAUUAAUGAGUAUAAUAAGAAGAUUUCGCAAAUGCACUACGCCGAUCUUUUUGAUGGAUAGCCAAAAAGAUAUUCUGGUACAAAUGUGUUAUCAAAACUAUUUGAUUAUUUUAUUUUGUAGUUUUCACUAUUGUACAUCAUGCAGUUGAUUUUAAUUGUACCUUGUAUAAGCAA